AUGCCCGUCAACAUCCUGGCCACAGCCUUCGACGAGGGCAUCGACUCCAUUCCAUACGGCUGGGCCGUCUUGAAGUUCGCUUCUGUUUGUGCAGUCUUGUACGUGCUGAAAUGGUUCUUCAGUGGCGCCACAAAUGGAUCGGAGAGGAACAUGCAUUCCAAGGUGGUUAUGGUGACGGGAGGCACUGCUGGCAUAGGUGCUGAGGUCGUAAGAGGCCUGGCAACUCGAGGUGCACAGAUUGUUCUCCUGGUUCGACAGCCCCUUGUCGACCCCUUCCUCGUCGACUACAUCGAAGACCUCCGAACCCAGACAGGCAACGAGCUUAUCACCGCCGAGCAUGUCGACCUCGAGGACCUGUAUAGCAUACGUCAGUUUGCAACCAAAUGGGUCGACAACGCACCGCCACGACGUCUCGACACAAUCGUCCUCUGCGCGAACACAAUGACACCACCAGGAGGCAAGGCAACACAGACCGAAGACGGGCUGGAGUCUACUUGGGGGCUGAACUACAUGGCCAACUUCCAUCUGUUGAGCAUACUCAGCCCAGCACUACGUGCUCAGCCUCCCGACCGAGACGUCCGAAUUAUCUUCGGUACAUGCCCGGCAUACGUGGGCGGAAAGUUGCCAGGUGUCGAUACAAAAGCAAAUACAGACGGAAAGAGCGACCCUGGACAACUCGACUUCACCCCUUCCACCGUAUACGCAACCUCCAAGCUCGCCCUCAUGACCUUCGCCGUAGCCUUCCAGAAGCAUCUCUCAAACUACGUCCGUCCUGACAAGCAGCCCAUGAACGCACGCGUAAUCAUGGUCGACCCGGGCUGGUCACGAACACCCGGCAUGCGGCGAUACCUUACCUUCGGCUCGCUGUGGGGGCUGGCGAUAUACCUCAUUACAUGGCCGUUGUGGUGGCUUGUGUUGAAGAGCCCUGACCAAGGCGCACAAACCUUCUUAUACGCGGCUAUGGAGGCACAAUGGGGUCGUGGAGAAGGGGCAUACUUCCUCAAGGAAUGUCGGAGAAAGAUAUGGACAAGGAAGGAGAUCGAUGAUGAACUGCUGCAGAAGAAGCUUUGGGAGAGCAGUGAGAAGACGAUCGAGAUUCUUGAGAAAGAAAGCGCAAAGAAGAGGGCGGCUGAGAAAAAGCAGAAGGAGAAGUCUGAGGGCAAGAGUACCGCAAAGGCGCCUAGCGGUGAUGCUAAGCAACGGAAGUAG